AUGGCCGGCAAAUUCGUUCGCCGAGAGCGGAAGCACAAAAAGAUCGCCCGCCAAAAGGCCGAGGAGAACGGCGUGCUCGCGGAGGACCCCAACGCCGACGAGAUCCUCCCGGAGGACCAGAAGCGGCUGCAGGAGAAGAGGGCGCAGAUCAAGGCGGAGCUGCUCAAGGAUGGCGCCAAGGUCAGCGGCAAGAAGGCGAAGCGCAUGGACAAGUACAUCACGACGAAGCUGCGCAAGGACGAGAACAGAGAGAUCCUGGCCAAGCUCGCGCAGCAAAAGGUCGACACCAGCCUCUUCACGAGCACCAAGUCGCUGGGCCAGGGUAGGGAGACGAAGAGGCAGGCCUUGACGCGCGCGCUGCGGGAGAAGAACGCGGGCUUGGAUGUCGACGCGGACGCGGAGGAGAUGCUUUACGAGGAGAGGGGUGAGACGCCUGAGCAGGAGUCUGAGAGUGAGGAAGAUGAGGCACCCAAGGCUCUGGAGGCGCCUAAACCGACUGUGGCACCGAAGACGGCGAAGACGGUGUCGAAGGCGACGAAGGGCAAGACAGCGGCCGAGCCUGCGCCGGUUUCCAAGGCGGAGCAGAAGCCGGAGUCACCGCCGGAAUCGAAACCGCAAUCACAACCGCAACCCGCAGCUUCCGUCGGAUCUGGUUUGAAGCGCCCACUCGACGUCGACGAGGAAGGUCGCCCGGUUCUGAGGAAACGUCAGAAGAGAGGCGGUGUUCAGUCAAAGUUUACCAUCGUAGAACCCGAAAAGGCAGACGACGCAGAGGAAGAAUGGGGUGGCUUCAGUUCAGAAGGCGAAGACGCAGACGAGAAGGACGAGGACGAGAGCUCAGAUGAGCAAUCUUCAGAAGAGGAAUCCGAGGAGGAGGAAUCGAGUGAGGGCGACGACGACUCGGACGAGGACAUGGACGACGACGACUCGGGCAGCAAGAGACAAUCUGCUUUCAAAGCCUGGGCACACGCUCAAAGGAAUCAGGCCCUGGGAUACCAACCAACGACGCCUUCAUCAACACUCUUAGAUCUCCCGAAGCCGGAGAACUUCACCCCUCGACCUAUGGAGCAGGAGCCGCUGCCGCAGGAGCUCCUCCCGACGACGAAUCUUGCUCGCAAGGCUUACGCCGUUGCGGUAACGAGAUCGUCCGAGAUCCAGGAAGCACGCAUGAAGCUCCCAGUCGUGGCGGAAGAGCAGCGGAUCAUGGAGAUGAUACACAGCAACGACAUCAUCGUCGUCUGCGGUGCCACUGGUUCCGGUAAAACAACACAGGUGCCCCAGUUCCUGUACGAGGCGGGCUACGGCUCACCGAACUCCGACACGCCGGGCAUGAUUGGUGUCACGCAGCCUCGUCGAGUCGCGGCGGUGAGCAUGUCGAAGCGUGUUGGGCAGGAGCUGGGAGACCACGAGGACAGAGUCGCCUACCAGAUCCGUUUCGAGGGUACAACUUCGGCCAAGACGGCCGUCAAGUUCAUGACGGAUGGUGUGUUACUACGAGAGAUGGCGCAGGACUUCUCGUUGAAGAAGUACUCGGCCAUCAUCAUCGACGAAGCUCACGAGAGAAGCGUCAACACUGAUAUCUUGAUCGGCAUGCUGAGUCGCAUCAACAACAUCCGCAAGGGAGACGACAAGGUCGACCCCGCGAUCAAGCCCCUUAAGAUCAUCAUCAUGUCUGCUACGCUCCGUGUCGAAGACAUGACCAACAACGCCAUUCUGUUCCCGACUCCGCCUCCCGUGUGCGAGGUGGAGGGCCGCCAACAUCCCGUCACGAUUCACUUCUCCCGUCGAACACAGUCCGACUACGUCGAGGAGGCCUACAACAAGAUCAUGCGAGGCCACAAGAAGCUGCCUCCGGGUGGCUUCCUCGUCUUCCUCACUGGUCAAAACGAGAUUAUGCACCUGAGCAAGAAGCUGCGUGCCGCCUUUGGAGGGUUUACAGGGGCGAGUGCACCCAAGGUUCAAAUCUCUGCCACCGAGGCACCUAUGGAGGUUGAGGAUAUCGAUUUUGGCGAUGUUGAUGACGCGGAUUUCGGUGAGAUCGAUGACGGGCUUGAUGAUGAUGAUAUGGAAGGCGAAGACGACAAGGAGUUCGAAAUCGAAGGAGAGGAAGGGGAGACAGGACCCCUGAAGAUGCAAGUACUCCCUCUAUACUCUCUGCUCCCUACCAGGGAACAAAUGAGGGUGUUCGAGGAACCACCGGAAAACACACGUCAAAUUAUCCUAGCAACCAACGUCGCAGAAACAAGUUUGACCAUUCCGGGCAUCCGCUACGUAUUCGACUGCGGUCGAGCCAAGGAGCGCCAGUAUGACCGCCUCAGCGGCGUGCAGACCUACGAAAUCGGCUGGAUCAGCAAGGCCAGCGCCAGCCAGCGAGCGGGUCGUGCCGGUCGUACGGGUCCCGGUCACUGCUACAGACUAUACUCCUCAGCGGUCUACGAGCGGGAUCUGCCCGAGUUUACCGACCCGGAGAUCCUCCGCAUGCCCGUCGACGGCGUCGUCCUCCAGCUCAAGGCCAUGAAUCUCUCCAACGUCGUCAACUUCCCGUUCCCGACCCCACCGGAUCGCAUGGGUCUGCGCAAGGCGGAAAAGCUGCUGACGUACCUCUCGGCCAUCUCUCCCGAGGGCCAAGUCACGCGCAUCGGGUCUACGAUGUCUAUCUUUCCCCUUUCCCCGCGCUUCGCUCGCAUCCUCCUCGUUGGUCACCAGCACGACUGCCUCCCCUACACCAUCAUGAUGGUCGCGGCCCUGUCCGCCGCCGAGAUCUUCGUCCCGGAACAUCAAGCCAUCCCCGCCCUCGCGGCCAAGGACGACUCCGAGAUCCGCACCAACACGGACGUCGCCGCCGAGGCCCACCAGGACAAGGUCCGCCGCGCCUUCAACGCCGCGCACAAGAAGUUCUGCUACCUCGACGACCGCUCCGACGCCAUCAAGCUCCUCCAGGUCAUCGGCGAGUACGCGCACGAGCCGACGGAGCGCUGGUGCGAGGACCACUUCGUCCGGUACAAGGUCAUGAAGGAGAUCACGCAGCUGCGCGGCCAGAUCACCGAGCUCCUCCGCGCCAACAUCCCGGCGUUCAAGAACCUCAAGUACCAGGACAAGCUGGACGCGCCGUCCGACAAGCAGGUCGCGUAUCUGAAGCAGAUGGUCGCCGCGGGCUUCAUCGACCAGGUUGCCCUCCGCGCCGACAAGUCCCCCGUGCCGCCCGAGCUGGCGCGCAAGCCGCGCCGGGCGAUCGACGUGCCGUACAUCCCCCUGUCGCCGCUCGGCGUGGGCCACGACGCGGAGAAGUACGUCUACAUCCACCCGUCCUCGCCGCUGUCACACCUCAGCCCGGUGGAGUGCCCGGAGUACGUGGUGUACUCGCACCUGCAGCGCGCGACGCAGGGCGACCCGGCCAAAACGCCCAAGACGAGGAUGCACACGCUCACGGACGUCACGGGAGGACAGCUGGCGAGCUUGGCCAAGGGAACGCCGCUCGUGAGCUACGGCAAGCCGGUGAAGGAGAUCAGCUCAACGGCGAGUACGCGCGAGGUGUGGGUAGUGCCGUAUCUGCGGGCCGAGGGCAUCGGGGGUCAGGGAUGGCCUUUGCCAAUGAAGAAGGUUACGCAGCGCAAGGUCGCAGGGAAGGGAUGGGUUGUUGAAUAA